AUCGUCUCCGAGGCUGAAAUGGCCCACUUCCUCGCUACCACCGACGCCGAGCUCACCUUCAUCGGAGAGUCCUUCAACCCCCUCGCCAAGCGCUCCGCUCAGACGACCAGCGUCACUUUCUGCACCAAGCGCGUCGGCAGCAUCUGCGGCGGGACCUGCACUGUCUACACCGGGGGUGCGACUUGCCUCGACGCGUCCGGCACGGUGUGCAUGUCCUCCACGAAGGACGUCGGUUUUUGCGACCAGACGGGGUGCAACGGGAACUGCAACGCUAUGUCCGCGUGCGGGACCCAGAUGGGCAACGGGUUCUGCUUCACCCCCAACACUCAGUCUAUCAUUGUUUCGUCUCUCUAG